UUUUGAUAAUCCGCUUGACGUACAUUAAGGAAUCACGCUGAUUUGAGUUGCCGACUAUUAGUAACUUUGCAUGCUAAAGUUAUCAAGUGUUCGGCUGUCAGCGUCUUGCAGUAAGGAUAUUUUAAUAAACUAUUUAUUACAGAAAGUCGGCCAACGGAGCAAAACGCCGUAGUGAUAUCAACAAACAUUGAGCCAACAGAAGCAUCUUGUGAAGGUAUUUAAAAAAGAUGGUGAGAAAAUUGAGAAGUUUCCAAGUCCUUAUUAAUGAUAAUCGGCAGGUGUUUUAUCCUGGUGAGCAAGUCACAGGCUAUGUUCAAAUAGAUAUUGCAGAGCCAAUUAAAUGUAGAAAAAUCCUAGUAAGAAUAACAGGGCAAGCACAUUGCUAUUGGACAACACAAAGAACAACUCAAGAUAGUGAAGGCCAUACACAUACUCACACUGAUCACCACACUGGAAAUCAAAAUUUAAUUGAUCUGCAAUCUAUAGUUUUUGGUGGAAGCUCAGAAUCUGUAAGGCAUCCUUCUGGUAGACACGAUUAUGCAUUUUCCUUUACUCUUCCAUCACCUCUUCCAAGUUCAUUUGAAGGAGGCACUGGUCACAUCCGAUAUUUUUUAGAAGCCAAAGUUGAUCGACCAUGGAAGUUUGAUCACAAAUUUCGAAGACCAUUCACUGUGAAUGAAAUUAUUGAUAUAAAUCUCCCUCAAUAUUUGGCGCCACUAAGUAACACAAAGCAGAAACAAAUUGGGUGUCUUUGCUGUAUUGCUGGUAAUUUGAAUAUUCAGGCAAGUAUUGAUCGCUCAGGAUAUUGCCCCGGUGAACAAAUAUUUAUCACAGCAUCAUGCGAUAAUGAUUCAACUCGCCAGAUGGACUGUAUGAAAGCCAAGCUGAUACAGCACAUCUUAUUUAAAGCAGGUGAUGGAACAACAACAGGUGCAACAAGAACUAUUGCACGAUUUGAGGGUAAACCAAUUCCUGAAAAGAGCCAAGAUUCAUGGAACAAUCAGCCAUUUUUAAUCCCAGCAAUACCUCCAACAAUCCAAACAGUACCAGUCAGUGUGUCAUACUAUUUCAAAUUUGAAAUCAAAGUACCAUGGGGUUUUGACCCUGAAAUAGUUUUUGGUAUCACAAUAGGGACAGUACCAUUUCGUGAAAUGUUUGGAAAUCAAUCUUCAUAUCAGCUUGCCGAAAAUCAAUAUAUGGAGGAAGAAUUUAGCAACUGGGUACCACCAACUGCCCCUGUAAUGCCUUCAGCACCGCCACCACCAUCAUCUAUUCUUGGUUAUCCUGAUAUGCCUCCUCCCAGUUAUGCUUUUGCAGUUGGGGGUGUUGCUGUUGAUGUUGGUGAUACCAAUUCAAAAUCAAACUUUGGUGAUCAAAGCUAUAUGCCCAUGUACACUUAUGCACAACCAUUCCAAAGUCUUGCAUAUCCACCUCCAAAUGCAUCACCAUCAUCAGGGUAUCCACAAGCCGGUAAUCCAACCACAGUAUAUCCACCUUCUGGUGGCCCAUCUCAAGGAUAUCCACCAGCUGGUAAUCCCACAACGGGAUAUCCACCAGCUGGUAAUCCCACAACAGGAUAUCCACCAGCUGGUAAUCCCACAGCAGGAUAUCCACCAGCUGGUAAUCCCACAACAGGAUAUCCACCAGCUGGUAAUCCCACAACGGGACAUCCACCUGCUGGUUAUCCUACAGCAGGAUAUCCACCAGAUAGUGCACCUCCAUUAGUUUAGUAAUAAAGUGUAAUUACGAAGUUAUGACUUAAUUAAGUUAGUCUAAAUGUAUCUACUAAGGAAUUUCAAGUAGAAGUAUUUUUUAAGUGCUAUGUACACAUACCAGUGUUGAAUUAUGAAUUGUUUAAUUUGAUCAAAUCAUUCUUAUGUGUAGAAAAAUAAGAAUGCAUGUGAAUUUUUCAAAAUUCUGUAAUCACUAAUCUGCAAAAAUUUAAUAAAACAUUCCACGCAUAUUCUAAAAGAAA